AUGGGAGGGAAUUCGAGUUCCCAAGCUCAUAGUCAGGAUAGUCUGGAAACUCCUGAUUACGUAAGUUGUUAGCAACCAUUUUUUGUAGGGUAGGGUAGAAUAGGGUAAUGUAUGGUAGCACUACGGCUAUGAAUAAUAUUUAUAUUCAAUAUAUUUUUCAGCUUGAUGGCGUUGACAUUACACACGUCGAAAAAAUCGAAAUAGAAUUGUUUGGCAACUCGACUCGACUAAUGCUUAUAGGUACUCAAAUAUAUAGUAAUGAUAUCACAAUUAAAAUUAUCGAUGAAUACCGUGUUAUUAUGGACAAGGUGACACAGUGCCUGAAGAAGAAACGUCUCUUUGUCCUUCAGAUUCAGUGUUACAAUCAGUGUGUAUGGUCUGUAUCUAUGCUCAACGAAGUUGCCGACUUCAUUUUGCGUAUGUUAUCAAUUUCUACGUCUUAUAUUACUUUUAUUAGGGGGGGGGGCAAAGAGGACUAGGGUACGGUAGGGGCUUAGGAUACAGUAUGGUUUUGUGGUACUGUAACUGGUAUACGAUAGAGGGUACGGUAGGGUCGUGGAGAACAUCAUUAAGAACUGUGUUGUGUUUUCAGGUACCAUGCCCGCAAUAAAUGUUUCAAUCGUUUUUGGGAGCUCAAGGAGUAUCUACGUUCCAUUCAUCAACUUUUACAAGAAACUUCAUCCUAUCGUUGGGCUUCUAUACAUCGAAAACCCGUCUUUUUUAAAGUUCUUGUUUGACAUUCAAAUCAAAACGAUGACACUGCAGCAGGCAGUAGGCGCUAGCUCAAGUUUUAGUAAGUGUUUAUUUGAUGUCUGAUCUUCUAGCUUACUUAACCAUAUAAUGAUUAGAUUUUAUCAUUAUUAGUUUUACCUAUCUUUAUCUUCUCUGCAUUGCACAUCUUACUCUACCUUACCAUUCCCUAUUCUAUCUUAUCCUACCCUACCUCGUCUUAUUAAGAUCAGUAAUACUUCUUUUUAGAUUGGCUUCCAUUAAAGUACACUCAAGUCAAUGAGAUUAGUUUUGAGUAUCUGUCAAUGUUGGACGCGAUUCGUCUUCAAGGUGUUGUAAUGCCACACGUUCGCGUCGUUAACGUACUGAACUAUCAAUGCGAAACUGACUCUUCGAAGAUGAUUUUCAGAAACGUUUGCAGCCUGUUUCCUUCCGCAAAACAGCUUAAACUUGAAGUUUUGGUAAAUGUAUGGGAGGAUGAUGGAUCAAGUAAGUUUGUCAUGAAGGCUAGGAAAGAGAUAGGGUUAAUGUUUAAAGGUUAGAAUAGACUGGGUGAGAAAAUAAGGAUGUGAUUUUUAUGAACGGGAAAGGGUACGGUAACAAAGCCAAAAAAAUUUUAAAAAAUUCAAACCAGACCAUACCGUUGGGUUGAAAAUGUUUUAUCUCAUCCAGAGAUGUAGCUACAGACUUUUUCUUCACGUACUUUCCACUUAAUAACGCCUCAGCCUACUAAACCUUACUUUAUUAAAAACAUUACAAUGUCCUAACCUAACAUAAUAUUUUCAAAAAUUUUUUUUUACAGUACUUCCUAUUAACUAGAAAAAACAUUUGUAGUCAACAGAAGACCCCUCACAUAAAAAUAUUUUUUUUUGAAAUUUGUUUGUUUCAGUUAGGAUCCAAAAGCUGUUCGCGCAAGCUCGCAAGGCGUUAGACACAUUCAAGAACAUGUCAAGAUGGAACCAAGGAAACAUGAAUAUACUCAUCUAUUUGUACGCCUAUUACUACGGCCCAGUUGACAAGGAGUUGGCAAGAAAAAUGACGGAAUACUUGGGACACAAAUGUUACUACAAAAAGGACUAUGUUAAUCUAGAAGCAUCGAUGUCUAAUGUAGAUUUAAAAAUGGGUGUGACCAGUCGAUAA